CAGCCGGGAGGCGUUUUAUCCGUUUCUCGGUAGGCCGCGUGUGUGGUGUGUGGUGUCUUGUGUGGAGAGCUGGUGUCGGCCGCUGGGAGCGAAGCGACGGUAAUUUCCACCUUACAAUGGACUUUAGCUAUGUUGCUUGCUAGGAAAAGAUAUAUAAUGGUGACGAUGGCUUCUUGCGUCUUUGUCCCUAAUUCUCAAUCAAAGAAUUAUGGAGCUCCAAAAUCCAACGCUCAAAGAUCUCGCCACGGCGAUAAACAAGAACGUCUCGAUAAUCGAUUCUUGUCUGGAGCACUCGUCACUCCCAAAACCAUCUUUUGCGAUCGACGGUCUCCGAAGCUGGGAUCAUCCAGAACUUGAUGAAGCCCAGGAAGCAAGGAUCGCUUUAAUUGAUGCUGCAACAGACCUUAUGCACCUGGCUAUGGGCCCGUUCGAGUACUUGAGAACGGAAUACAUUGCUGUCUUUGAAGCUGUACCUCUCACUGGCUCCAUAACCUAUGCAGAGCUAGCCAAGAAGUGUAGCCUCCCGGAACCUCGUCUGCAGCGCUGGAUGAGACACGCUAUCUCGAAGCGGAUCUUUUGGGCUCCAACCAAAGAUUCUGUGGCCCACACAAUCACCUCUGCGGAGUUCGCCAGGGAUGAGACUGCUUGGGCGUGGGUUGGCCAUAAUGUUGAAGAAAUUGGGCCAGCUGCGGCUAAAAUAAUGGAACAGACUGACAGAUUUGGUGAUGGCACGAAUCCGGCAGAGGCAGCUGUCGCUUUAGCACAUUUCGAGGGCAAAUAUGCUAGCCCGUUCGACUGGCUCGAAAAUGAUGGUGUGGGAGAACCAAAGUUGCUGGGAGGAAAGCUCGACAAGUCCGACAGGACCAAGGGUUGGAGAGCAAGAAGAUUCGGGAACACGAUGAAGUACCUGACAUCUGGCGGAGGGCAUUCUUCAUCUCAUGUCCAUGGAUUUGAUUGGGACGCGUUGGGUGAGGCUUCGGUGGUAGAUGUAGGAGGGUCUAGCGGCCAUCUUGCUAUCGAGCUUGCCACGAAACAUCCGAAGCUGAGUGUCACUGUGCAGGAUCUUCCAACUCUGGAGCAGCAAUUCGAAGAUAAUCUCCCGCCUGGCCUCAAGUCAAGAGUAUCUUUUCAAGUUCAUGAUUUCAUGAAGCCCCAGAAGAUCCCAGCGGAUGUUUAUUUUUACAGAUUCAUCUUCCACGAUUGGCCGGACAAUAUGUCGGUGCAGAUCAUACAAAACAAUGUUCCUGCUAUGAAAAGAGGAAGCAGAAUCAUUGUCAUGGAUGGAGUCAUGCCGGAACCUGGAGAGACUUCCAAUUUUGUUCUAAGAAUGAACACAAGUAUGGACCUGCAAAUGAUGGCAGCAUUCAAUGCAAAGGAAAGAAGGAAAGAAGAUUGGAUAAACCUUUUCCGGGAGGCGGACAAGAGACUGGUGGUGAAGCAAUUCCUUCAGCCCCGUGGAAGCGCUUUGACACUGAUUGAGGUGGUGUUGGACGGAUGAUAGGUAGCCCAUUGUUAGGAGAGCUGUGGGGGUGGCGAUUCAAUCCUUUUUGAAGGAAUUUGGUACAUGAUUUUAUUGAGGGUACUUGGGAAAUUCUUUACUUUCAAUGAUAAACUUAUGAUUGAAACAUC